CUCGCAAAUUACAUCACAGUUGCGCCCACAGACGCACACGCAAAUGACACCGGGACAUCCCGUCUCCUGAACAAUUCACCAAACACGCUUUGAUUUGCUUUGAAAAAUCACUUUUUUUUUACUGUUAGAUGCAACGAUGCUUCCUUUCAAGAGGACUUUUGAGACCGAGAAACACCAGCUGCAGGAGCUCAACAGCAGACUUGCCCAGUAUCUGUCCAGGACGAAGCAGCUGGAGCAAGAAAAUGCGCGUCUCAUCGCGGAGAUCAAUCAACUCAGACAGGUGAGGACCGCUGAUCGGGAACAUAACUACAAAGCUGAGAUGCAGGAUCUGCGGAGAAUGGUGGGGCAGCUGUCGUUGGAGAAGUCGCAGGCGGAGAUGGAGAGGGAGAAGAUAUGGCGAGAGUUGCAGAUGGUCCAGUCUCUGUGCAGCGAGCAGACCGAUGUGUGCAGGGACAUCAGCGGGGAGCUCAAGGGCUGCGAGAAGGAGCUCCAACACGCACACAAGACCAACAGCGAACUCCAGCAGCGGCUGUUUCAACUGGAGAACGAGUACCGACGCUUGGAGGAUGCGCACAGGCAAGAAACGAGCCAACUCCGGCACCAGGUGGAGUCCCGGGUGGUUCCCCUCAUCACGCAAACUUACCGCGGCCCUCCGGUGGUCUCCAUGGAGGAGGUGCAAGAGUACGCUAGAGGUCUGUCCCAGGGAUGGAUCGAGACCUUUGAUAUGUACCAGCAGAAGGUGGAGGAGAUGGAGCAGUCGAUCAAAGCGGACCAGGCCAGGCUGAGCGACCUGCAGAGGGAGAAGAUGCUGUACGCGUGUGAGUUGGACAAAAUGCGCAAAGAGGCGGAAAGACAAGGACAGAUUCAAGUGCGUCUCGAGGAGCAGCUGAUGAACAUGCACGAAAAAUUCCGGGUGGACUUCAGUGAAUAUCAGAUGAUUAUUGAGCAGCUGGAGCAUGAGAGGAACACCAUGGCCGACACUAUAGAAGAAAAGAUGAGAGACCAUCAGCACCUUCUGCAGGUGAAGAUGGAUCUGGGCAUGGAGGUGGCUGCAUACAGGGCUCUCCUGGAAGGGGAGACAAUAGGUCUGCAAGAUGCGCAAAGGAGGGGGACUCAACAUCAGAGAGAAAGAAUAAUAGAAAUCAAGAUGCCUUCCCAACCCUACACUCCACGAGCUUCCACCCUAACCACCAGACAACAUAUGGACAUAAGGUACUCACCACCAACAUCCAGUCUGGGAAGAUCCCCUGUGCCUCUCUCUGGGUCGAGAAGUCCCUCUAGGGUCAUUCCCAUUUCAGUUGCAGAGAGAACUCGCCAUCAGAGUCCGACAUCCAGGAAGGACAUGAUCUCAUUCAACAAAGCACGGGCUGCCGCUUCGGCCACUACUACCGCCACCAGCACCAAAGAUACGCAAAUGGGCCAAAGAGAAAAGCAAAUGAGUCAGAAAACAAAAGCAGAGGAUAAAACUGUGAAAAUCAAACAAGUAGAGAAGCAAAUUAGCCCCAUUAAGUCUUCUGCAGCUGAGACCACAUCAGUAAAAGUGGUGCCACCGCCAAUGAUGACCCUCGAACACACGAAAACUGAGACAGAAGGCAAAAAGCAUGUGUCAGAUGAAAAAGAGAAAGGCAGCGAUUAUGACAAGUCCAAGGACAAAGAGAGAACAGAGUCUACAAUAGGCCCAUCUGAGAAGAAGAUUUUAGACUCUGUGUCUGUAGAAGAGAUAAUUGAGAAAGUGAUCAAACCAGCAGGUUUAGAAGCUAAGGCCUGCUCAUCGGGAGAGUCAAAGGUCAGAUAUCAUGUGGAGAAAAUGGAGCUGGAAGAUGGAACGACUAAAACAAAGAUUGUGCUGGAGUCCAAAAUGGAAGAAGAGCUGGAUGUUUCUGAGGACUCUGCUCUGGAUGAAAUACUGAGCCAAGGUGUGAAGAAGGUCUCACUGGAGGACAUCAAGGAUACAGCAACAGGAAGCAUGAUCACAAAUCUGCUAAGUGGCCUCCAGGGAGGAGAAAACCUAGAAAAUAAGACGGUCAAUGUGGAAAUCAUUGAGGAACCUGUGGAGUCUUACAAUGACGAGGAGCUUGAGGUAGAACAGAAGUCCAGAUCUAGUUUCUAUGAACCCUCUACAUAUUUCCAAAUUGAGGAGCUAGAUAAUGUCCCCCAUGGCAAUCAGAAGGACGAUGAUGAUGCCAUGCAAUCCUCCAUGUCUGGCACAGAUCAGUCCAAGGGUGGAUAUGUACAAGUUCAAGAGGUCUCAAGAGAGAGUGAAUCCUCACACUUCUCCCAUGACCAAGAUUCUCAUGAGUAUUUUGUCUCUACACCAGAUGACAAUCUUUCUGAACCUGAGGAGGGUGGUGGGAUAACUUCAUAUGGCCAUUAUGGCAUUGUAGAUGACCUGUCAGAUGAGAGGUAUUAUCAAGAUGAAAGCCUUCCCCAGAAAAGAGUGACUGUAGAGGAAAGUGAAGAAUACAAGUUACCAUCAGGAGCUCGCCUAUUUGUCAAAGAGAGUUUUCCAGAGUGCAUCAUUGAAGAAGAGGUUCGGGUCUCACCUAUAGUGCAGGAGUCGGUGCUUGAGUUCCUGAGAGAGGACUCUUUGGAGCCUAAAGAUCAGCUGAAAGGGGCCCUCGAGAAGCUACAAAGCUCUGUGUCAGGUCCACUAAGAGAGGAGCUGGCUUUCCUCACAAAAGUGAGCAGUGAAAGUCCCCAGAAUGUGGCUGUCGAUGUCAAAAAAGUGCAACAGUCAACUGACAAUGGCACCAUGACCAUAGUUGCAGAGCUAAAUGUCUCUCAAAGCCUGGAAGAGUCUGGACUGCUGGAUGCAGGAGAUGAUCUGUCUGAAGACCAGAUCAUGGCAGCCCUCAGAUCCUCUAACCUAGGGCUGGAGAAAGCCUUCCAGGGCGGGGCAGGAGGAGGCUACAGCAUCCGAGUUGUUGAAGAAGAUGAUGCUCAUUGUGGGGAUUUUGACGUCUUCGGCAGUGAAGGAGAAUCUGUGUCUGAUAUCACUCAGAGAUACGUUAAACUGGGGCAACCAGAGAAGUCCUUCAGCUUCCAGAUGGAUGUGCAGGAAAGCCAUGCUGAGGGUACUUCAGAGCCAGAGCUGCAGUCUCACAUCUUGGAGACGCCAGUGAAGAUUUCUCAAGAGAAAAGAGUCGCAACAAUUUACCUUGAGAACCCCUCUGAAGACUGAGAGAGAUUUAAGUCAGAAAUUUUUUCAAACUCAACAAUUGCCAAUGUAUGACUGUAUGCUGAAGUGCACAUUCAGAAGCUAUCCUAAUGCUGCAGUCCACACACUGUAAUAAUGCGGUAAUUUCUGCAGUCACACAUAUCUAAGCGAUUUUGGUGUGCUCUUUUAUUAUACUUAAAUUCUGCUGCCUAAAGCUUGGAGUAAAUCCAGUUAUUUAGUUACAAUUAUCGGAUUAAUAUAGUCUUUGGUAUUAAUUAUAGCAGUACUAAAAAAACUCAGUACUAAUACUAAUAAGGACUAGAUGAACUUAUGAGUGAAACAUCAACAUAUUGUAGCUAUUUUUUAUGGUAGGCAAUACUGAUGUGUGUUGCGUUAGUAUGUUUAACCUUUUCAUAACUACCAAGUUAUCUUCUAAUAGCUUUGCUUAUUCUCUUUAGAUUCCUCUAUUUUUGUACUAACCUGUGCUAAAUAGCUUUAACAGCCCAUUCUGCAGAUUACGGCAUAACAUCAACCAGGCCAUCAGUUAAUGGCUGUAUUUGCCAUGAUCCUGAGUCCUCGGUCAACAUUUCAUGUAGACAACACAGGACACUUAGACGCAUGAAUUGCUGUUCCACUAGCAGACUGGGGUUUUAAUUUUCUUGUGUCUUGGGCACCUCUACAAAAUGGAAUGUUGUUAGUACAUAUUAGAUCGAGGAACACAGUGGUUUGUUUUAAGAAGUAGUCACUAAUGUGUACAGAACAGAGUUAAGCUUGUGUAGUAUGGUGGGAGUGAUUAAAAACAUGAUGUCUUUUGACAUUUGUCUUAAGAAACUUUCAACUAAUUGUGACACUUAAAAGUGAUUAUUUACUCACAACUAAUUGCACAUUUUAAAUAAUUGGCAGAAAAAGGAUCAUGUAUAUUUCAACCAAACUGGAGUUACAUGAUCAGCGCAGUUUUUGAGAAACAUGUUUCUGCUAAGUGUAUGUUUACGUGGUGUGUAUCAAUGCCAUGCAUUUCUACAUUACCAAAAGUGAACAUUUUAGUCUGAACAUGUAACUGUAGGUUGGAAAUUCAAAAUUGUGGAUUGUACCAUUUAGAAUUCCAAACAUUUCUGUCAAUUUGAUAAGCAGUAGUCAGAAUCUUAAUGAAUUAAGAAUGUCCAGUAACUGUGAUAUGUAAUCACAUCCGGUUGUGAUGUAUGUUGACUAUGGCACGUCUCACUUGUCCGCGUUUGUCGGCUAACGCAGUGUUGGCUUCAAGGAUUCACCUUUGCUCUGGCCUAAGAGUGUGUUUAUGACUGCGACUAUUUUUGGAUCAUCAGCUUAGUGGCACUGAGUGUUCCCUGGGGUUUGUUGUGUUGUGCACUAGUUGUAGAGGUGGAAAUGGAACUCUAUGGUUACACUACACGGUUUGGACAUUUUCUCUAAGUGGUUGUAUAACUUAGACUUUGUAACUACUGAGCAACAUCUUUGUAGAUUUGGCAUUAUGUUGAAAAUGCAUAAAUGCAAUAUUUAACAUAAAUGCUGUGCUUUUCUUAAUAUAUUCAUUUGAAAUAAUCUGAAAUCUGCAGACAGAAACCAGAAUUCAAGGGCUUUGUUGCAUUGAUAUGCCCAGAUAUAGCCGUUUUCCAUACAUUUUCUUACCUGCAAACAAUUUAAACACAAACACUAAUACAUCGGUGCACUUAAGCUGUAUCUUUUUAUGUGUGUAUGCAGUGGAAUCUGGAUACUAUGUGCCAUUUCAUAGCAUGAACAAAUUGUACAAAAGCAUACAGGAAAUCUACGGACCUCUGAAAAAAUGUUUGAGUCAGUCUUAAAUGAAUGUGAAAUGGACAGACCAACAUCAACGAUUUUAUUGACAUUGUAAUUUGUAUUCUGUACAAAUGACAGUUUGCUUUGGUUGACAUUGGUUCCAGCCCCUACUAAAAUUAAUUAAUAUCUUAACAUCAUUAAAACAUAUUGUGGGCA